AGUUGGUGCAUUGCGGAUCGUUCGUUGGAAAACAUUAGCGGAAGCGGAUAAACGAAGUGAUCACAGCUACAUAUGUACACACAUACAUACAUAUAUGUAUGUAGUGAUAAUUGGGGCUCAAGCUGGGGCUCAAAAGCUUAUGUGAAAGAGUGAAAAGUGCGCGCGAAUAAUUGAAAUUUGGAAAUCAAACAUACAAAAGAAAUGUCAUUGCGUUGUGGUAAAAAGGAAAGAGACAGCGAAGGCAAUUGAUUUAAAUUGAAUGUGCAAUUACUUUUGCCUGCACACGAAGGAAAUUGCAAUAAAACAGCAACAACAAAACGAAUAAUACAGUUCUAUAGUGGAAGUGAAGUGAAGUAGCGGAAAUAAAGGAAGGCAGCCAGGUUCAGUAGAAAUAUUGCGAGUAACAUUGUGCUGACAGCUGAAAACUUGUGGGAAUCAAAGCAAGUGCCACCCGAGACGCAAAGCAUAAAGCAAAAUGUCCAAUAAGCCAUACAGUUCGAUUAGUAUAACCAAUUGCGGUUUAGAUGACCCACAGAGUGAGCUGGGUGCCGCCUUUGCCAACAACAACAUAAGCGACUUUCGUAUAGCGCUCGAUAAGGGCGCGAACCCAACAACAGCCGAUGACAAACAUAUGAGCGUCUAUGAACUGGCCCUCAAGACACAUGGACGUGCUGCUUUUGUCGAGGAGUGUUUGAGGCGUGGCUGCAGUCCAAAUCAUUUGAAUCAACACUGGAAGAAAUCAGCCCUCAGUUUCGCCGCCGAUUCGCGUGACCCAGAAAUCCUAACCGUACUCUUGUGUAAUAAAGGCAUAGAAGUGGACCGACCCUAUGCAAAACUUACGCCACUCAACACACUCGCCAAAAAUUUGACUGCCGACAAUCAGAGCGAUGUUAGCGCUUGCAUUAAAUUGCUGCUUGAUUACGGCGCCUCGCCCAACAAACCCGACGACCGCGAAAUGACACCACUCAAUUACGUUUUGAAGAAUCGUAAGAUCGAUCCGCAGACAAAGCGCGAUCUCGUUCAGUUUUUCACCUCGCUGCAAGACUUAGACGUAGAUAGUUUUCGUGAUGGUGAGGUACGCGAAUUGCUGCGUCGCGAUUACCCCGAAGUGUUGUUACCACCGCCGCAAACGAGUGGCGCCGAAGUGAACUUUGAUAAGCUGAUUUCGCAUUUACGCAACAGCGAUGAAGAGAAGUUCGUGCAGCAGUUCCAGUUGUAUCAGCGUAGCACUUCAGAAAGGGGCAACAAUGAGAAUGAAGAGCAAAAGCUGCAACUAUUCUUGGAGUCGAUUAAGCGAGGCGCACACGAAGCAUUCGAUAUGCUUUUGAAUCACGAUGUCAAUAUAAAUGGCGUCAAAGAUGGCCAAACACCCAUACAGAUUGCCACCAUUUGGGGUAAUUGGCGUGCACUCAAAGCGCUACUGGCGCUUGAAAAUCUAAAAUUACGCCGACAGGAUCAAUUAUUAAUAACUGUAAUCGGUCACUUGGGUGACGAGCCUUUGUAUGAUUUUGUCAACUUCCAGAAAUGUUUUUACAUACUUUUGAAUUCGGAACGCAUCGAUGUAAAUGAAUCCGAUCCCAGCGGUUCCACACCGCUUCACUAUGCCGUCAAGUAUCGCAAUCGUUUAGUUAUACAAGAACUACUGCGUCAUGGCGCCUAUAUUGGUAUGCGUAGCGCGUUUUCCGAUCUACCGAUCGAUGGCAUGCACCCCGAAGUGCUGGAGGAACAUUUCGAUAGUUGCAUCAGCACAAAUGGCCGCAAGCCCGGUGAUAAUGACUUUGAAAUACUGAUCAAUUUCAAGAAUCUCAUAUCGCAUCCAUCCUCAAGUCAUGCCAAGAAGUUGCGUGCACAAAAUUUCCGUGAAGAGAUGCCACCUAUCGCAUUUAUAGCCGAGUCUAAAGAGCACCGUCAUCUACUUCAGCAUCCACUAAUCACCAGCUUUCUGUUUCUCAAAUGGCAUCGACUCUCUGUCAUUUUCUACAUCAACUUUCUGCUCUACUUCUUCUUUGCGCUGAGCAUAAUCACGCACACUAUCCUCAAAUUCCGUGAGAGUGAACACGAAGCCAUUACUGUAUUGUUCGGCCUCUUCUCGUGGAUCGGUAUUAUUUAUCUGCUCUUGCGCGAGAUAACUCAGUUUGUUUUGGCGCCACUAAAAUAUUUCCGCUCGCCCACCAAUUACAUGGAAGUUGCGCUCAUCAUACUCUCCAUAAUGACCUGUACCGAGCCGAGUUACACGCGCGAAACGCAACGCGUAAUCGCAGUAUUUACGAUAUUACUCGUGGCUUUGGAACUUUGCCUGCUGGUCGGCUCACUGCCCGUACUCUCCAUAUCUACGCACAUGCUAAUGCUGCGCGCCGUCUCGAAGAGCUUCAUCAAGAGUUUUGCGCUCUAUUCGAUCUUUGUCAUCACAUUCAGCUUGUGUUUCUACAUUCUAUUCGGCAAACCAUCGGAAGGAAGUGAGGGGGCGAAUGGUGCAGAUGCGGCGAACUAUGGUGGUGAAUUCAAUAAGUUUGCCAACCCCUUCACGGCCGUCAUCAAAACGAUUGUGAUGCUAACCGGAGAGUUCGAUGCUGGUGAUAUUGAGUUCGACACUCUCUACAGCUAUUUGAUUUUCUUGAUGUUCGUGGUAUUCAUGUCGAUUGUGCUGUUCAAUUUGCUCAAUGGCCUGGCCGUUAGUGACACACAGGCCAUUAAAGCACAAGCCGAACUGAACGGCUCCAUUUGUCGCACCAUUCUGCUCACGCGCUACGAACAAGUCCUCACAGGACGCUCCGGACACGCCAGUUUCAUCGUAACACAUGAACCGUUCCGCACCAUAUGCCGUCGUCUGAUGAAUCUGGACUCCAACUAUAUUGUCGGCCGACAAAUUGCUAUUCUGCCGAAUGAUAACAACAAAGUACUGGUCGGUGUGCCCAAGAGCAAUGGAGCUGUGGAAUUGCAAACUGAUUUAUCGCGUACAAAUGGGGUGCGGAACUCGAAAUCAACAUUCCUGCCAUUAGCAGAAGAGGAUGGGGAUCACGCCAAGAAGCUGCUCGAUGCGCCCGUUUCAUUCUUACCCUGCUGCUGCACCUGCAUUACGGGCAAGUGCUCGGAAAUGGAUAGUCGCACAGUGAAGCUGGCGAUAGCAGUGAUCGAACGCACGGCAACAGCCCAGCAUGACAAAAUGCGGGUUGAGAAUACGGAUCGAAGGUUGAGGAAUAUCGAAGAACGGCUGGCGGAGAUGGCGCAGCUGCUACAUAAACUGGCGGCAGAGUAAUGAAGGCGAGGAGGCCCAACACUUGUUGAGAAUAUAAAAAUCAAACGUAAUUUUUGUAUGUUAUAUCUUUUUUUUAAAUUAUAAUACACAUUUCACGUGGCCUUAAUGUAAUUUAUUUAAUUUUAUAUUUUAACACUUGGAAAUUUACAAUUCAAUAAAAAAUGCAAAGCGCUAAAAAGAGUUUUCACUAC